AUGGAGAUGAUGACUGCUCUCGCUGUCGGAGGCGGCGGUUCCCUCCUCCUCUUCGCCAUCGUCCUCUGCGGGGACAUGGAAUGUUGCGAACGAGGACCUCUGGGCAGACUCCUCAACCUCCUCACGUCCUUUCUCGAUUUCUGGACUAGCGAGAAAUUCCUCAAGAUUGUCGAGAAAGUUUUGGGUAGAAGAUGCGUCGACAGAGUGACUGCGAUUCAAGAUUAUGUGUGCUUUCAACGCAACCCCAUCCUGCCGGCGAUGUAUCUUGUUCUUGUAGCAGUUGGUUUCACAGUCUUUGUUUCCUUCGCCUUCCCCUACCUCCCUUACCACGCAGAGAAGGACUGGGGAAUCUCUUUCUACCACAAGAUCAACGCCUUUCUGAUUGUAGGAGGAUGCCUUGUGGUGUUCUGGGCGAACCUUUCUGUUGACCCUGGUGUCAUCACUCCAGAGAAUGUAGAGAGGGAGAAGAAGGGGAAGCUUCAACAGAAACAAGAGAAGGGAGCAGGGGAGCAGGAGAACUGGGCGGUAGGAGAGACGAUAGUCUCGACUGACGUUAAGUUCGCAGAGGUUCGACUAUGA